AUGGAAACAACCAUCUCUUUAACAACGAAGCCAAAUUCAGGUUUGCUCAUCAAUCCACCAGUUAGGGACGACUUGCAAUCACGCACAUGGUACAAUAACAACCGCAAGGAAAUAAAUGACUUGCUAUCAGUCACAAACUACCGAAGAAAUGAUUUCCUUCUACCAUAUCCAGCUGAAACAAACAUAUCUUCUAUUGUUUCUGCAACUUCACAUUUCGACACUAUGAAAACUGCUUGGGUGAAAGGCACCCUGAGUCUUCCUGAACAAGAACGUAACUUAUCAUACACUGCUUGUUCCAAUUGCUUCAAGUCUAUAGAAGCCGACACAACUUGGAUUGUUACCUGUCCUUCUUGUCACAUCGAGUCAGAAAUUCAACAGAUGUCAAGGUUAACUGUUUUGAUUGCCGAUGAAAGUGGAGUGAUGAAAGCAAAUUUACACACACCUGAACUUGAAAAGUUUAUACAUUUCUCUCCAAAAGAUAGUCAAAGUCUAUGCAAUUCCAUUGCCACUGCAAUCAAGUCUGUUUAUAUUGUUGCUUUCGUUCGUGCAUACGAAGUGCAUUUUCAAGGAACAACAGACAUCAAAGUGAAUAUUGUUAAAGCUUACAAAGUAAAUGAUCGUGCUACUGUAUCAAAUGAGUCUGAUAACAUGGUCCAUAGAUCAAACAUCGGUGAAGGCACAUCAACAACCAAGAAUGUGUCUUCUCUUGCAGCCACAGUUCCUUUGCCAUCGGCUGGUGAAAUUGAAAAACCUCUUGAAGUUAAGAAUUCAAAGCAAGUUCCUGUUAUAUACUUGCUUCCAAAGAAUAAGCCAGAACCAAUUCUAAUGACAAAGCAUCUUGUUCCAGAACUUCCAACUUCCAGCUCCUCUCCAAUUGAACAAAAAGUUUCUGAAUCGGUCCCACCUUUAGCACUUCCUGUGAAAGAAGAUGUUCUUCGGGAAAGCAAUCCAAGACCUUCCAAAAAAACAAAGUAA